AUGGCAACUGCAAUGCAGAAUCCCCCAAGCGCGACGGUCUAUGUGAAAAACCUUGAAGAGCGGAUAAAAAUCGAUCAGCUCAAGACGGCCCUGACCGAAAUCUUCUCAGAAUACGGCAAUAUUAUCGACCUAGUAGCUAAGAAGAACCUGAAAGCCAAAGGGCAAGCCUUCAUUGUCUUCGACUCGGCCGACGAUGCAGCAAAGGCCAUCGAGGAAGUCAACGGCUUCGAGCUCUUCGACAAGCCCAUGAGCCUGGAUUUUGCACGCACACGUUCCGAUGCCACAGUGCUCCGUGAGGAUGGCGAACAAGGUCUUGAGAAAUGGAAGCGGGCCCGGCUCGCGGAGAAAGAACGCAAACAAGCCGUAGAGGCCGCGCAGCAGAAGUUGAAGAGGCCGGCACCAUCCUCGGGUCCGCAGGAUGCAGCGCCGUCAGGACUGGUGGCGCGGCCCGCGAAAACAGCCAAAGGGGCAGGUCUCAAGGCUUCAGGCACGAAUAAUGCAGCGAUCAUCCCCGACGAAUAUCUACCGCCGAAUAAAAUUUUGUUCCUGCGAGAUCUGCCCGAUAGUUAUGAUGCGGAUGGAUUGUCGAGGAUUUUUAGCCGAUUUGAAGGGUUUAAAGAGGUCAGAAUGGUGCCGGGGAGAAAGGGAAUUGCGUUCGUCGAGUAUGAGGCCGAGGCUGGUGCGAUUAGUGCGAAGGAAGCCACGGCGGGGAUGCAGCUUGGUGAUGAAGGAAAGGGAAUUAGAGUCACGUAUCAACGAGCUUAA